GUGAUUCUGCUGCGAUGCGUGUGUAUUCGCAAACUCAUGGCGUGCGCGCGCGCUUAUACCCACGCUCUAGCGGUGUCAUCGUCAUUUCUCUGCUUCGGUCGUUUCGUUGGGAACGAACCGGCUACACGGCUGAGGAACGUGCGCGGUACACGGGUGCGAGGAGGUGCACACGAAAAUAAAGUCUUAUAUAUACGAUCGGUAGGCGAACACAGCCAAGCCAUUAUACAGUUUGCUUUGCAGCGAGCUAGCAGCAGCAUCAGCAGCAGCUCCCCCAAAAAGUCAAUAGCGCCAGUUACCUUUGCCGUUAGUGACAACGUGUUUAAAAGUGAGAAAGGAAAAAAGUGUUGCGAAAGAAAGUACGGUGUCGUUGUGUGUGUUAGAAAUAAGCUCGGGAAUCCAGAAUCCAAGUAUCCUGAGCUAUUUAUUUAGGCAAACUAGUUCCAAGGCAAACAUUGGAAGAAUCCACCAAGUUUUAGGAAGAUGUGCUGCCUUCAGCGUUUGAUUGAUACGAGCCCGUUGCUGCAGAAGCAGGCAACCGGUCGUCCGGAUGUGGAGCUGUUGGAUGACUCGAAGCCUGAACGUCAGGAGACUCCUGCGGGAGUUCACCGUGAAGAACCGACGAGUGAGGAGAUCCACCAGGAUAUUCUUGGUGCAGCAACGCGUGCUACACGUUCCCUCUUUCACAGUCUUCGUGAUCAAACCCAUCGUCUUCAACGAAGCCAGCUGUACAAAAUUUUGACGAACACGACGCAACCGAGUCACGCAAUAUCGGCGAUCGUGGUAUCGCUGGUGCUGGUCGCACUAUGGCCCAACCUGAUCAGUGGUCAGGGUGAUGCUAGACAGAAAUGUGAAGACGGACAGCUGGAAGUGGGUAACAGUCGAGGCAGUGCGCUAACGCAGAUUGCCUAUCUUAGUUCCUUUACCAUCCACUUCGGCGCACAAAUAUGGAUGACAUUCGUUUCCGGACUCGCGUUGUACUUUUCGCUACCACGCCACACAUUCGGACUCAUUCAGGAGGUACUGUUCCCGAAGUAUUUUACGCUCGGUACCGGACUAAGCACGAUCAGCUUGAUCAGUUUCGUGGAGCUUCGCCGCAAUACCCGGCCGGAGUUGGCCGACCGUAAUCUCGCACACUGGGAUCCGGUCGAUCUGCUGCAGAUAGCGGCACUGGCAUUAACAGCUUCCCUCGAGCUGUUUGUACGGCUCUACCUAGCACCGCCGAUGCUGCGCCUGAUGCACGAAAAGCAUAGCAUCGAGGCAAGGGCCUCGAUCGGUCAGGAGGUCGGCCAGUUCGAUGGUACCGGUAACGGGUGUCUGGAGCGUUCCCGUCACUACAAGGCGACGCACAAAAAGUUCCGCCAGAUACAUAUGGUUACCGCCAUCCUCAACAUGGUUACGCUGACGUGUACCUGUGUGCAUCUGCUUUACCUCGCAACGCGCGUAACCGUUUAAAAAACAAAGGUCUCUUCUGCUUCAAUCAACAUGCAAAACACAGCCCCACUAGCAUGUAAGACUAUUUAUUUGACGAUACUUUGAUUAGUAGCACCACUUUUCGCGUUUGGCGCAAUAUCGUAUGUGGAAGCCAUUCCAGCAUUCACAAAUAACAGGGCCGCACGUCCCUCUCCGCCACUGCUGAUCUCCGCUCUGCGAAUGUUUAAUCUCAGAAUAGGAAAACCCGUUGCGUACGGAGAGGGCAACAACUUUUUUUGUCUCUUGUAGCUUAUCACACUACUAGCUUAUAAGGUCAUACAGUCAAGUGCAUCAUAGCCGAAGUAACUUCUGGCACGCAGGUUCACAGAACGCAAGUGCACUUUCCAGAACCCAGCUGCUCGUAAAGAGCAUUUACAAAGAGAUAGAGAGAGAGAGAGAGA